AUGGACCAAGACCCAGCGUUGGAAAUACCAUCGCGAGACUGGCAUCCCAAGCACACCUCGAUACAUCCUUAUCCAGCGACAAUCAUCGCCAUAAUAGUCGUUCUCGCCGUCGUAUCUCUCUUCGUUUCAGUCCUCCGUCAACUCCUCGAGCGUCGCCUUUCCCAACGCCGCGGCUGGUUCCUCGACACCACAUACCCCCCGCCCUCACCAACACCAUCGUCGUCAGGCGGAAGCAGCAGAAGAAGCAAAAAGAAAAGAAACGAACAAAAAGUGAGACCAGUCUCUGAGGUCGAGAUCGAAUCUCGCCAGCUUCUGUUUGCGGAUACUGCUUUCCGAGGUGAACGAGUACCGCUUCAGAAUCCUAAUGAGCGCGUGUCACUUUACCAUACUUUCCAGUUGCCAGCACCACAUACAUCAAGGCUAAAGCCUGCGCGUUCGAUGAUGGAGUUAAACGGAGGGAAUCCACUAGAGAGUGUGGGGGAUAAAGAGGAACAGAAGAAAGCCAAGACAAUUCACUGGCAUGGUGUAAACAGACUUAACACUGCUUGGGGAUGGAUGUCAUGA